CGCAAAAUGGCAAUGGGCAAAAUUUUGAGCUCAGGGCCAAUAUUGCUUUUCUUGCUUUAUUUGGUUGCCUUGGUUUCGCUUCCUGCAGAUGCAGCAGUGAAAAGAUACCAGUUCGAUGUUCAAGUGAAAAACGUUAGCAGGUUAUGCCAUGCUAAACCUAUCGUUACAGUGAAUGGGAUGUUUCCAGGGCCAACCAUAUACGCUAGAGACGGCGAUAGAGUUGUCAUUAAUGUCACAAACUAUGCACAAUAUAACAUGUCAAUUCAUUGGCAUGGGCUUAAACAGCUUCGCAAUGGAUGGGCAGAUGGACCAGCUUAUAUAACACAAUGCCCUAUACAGAACGGGCAUAGUUACACGUAUGACUUUAAUGUAACAGGUCAAAGAGGGACACUAUGGUGGCAUGCACAUAUCUUUUGGCUAAGAGCCACUGUUUAUGGUGCAAUUGCGAUCAUGCCAAAGCAAGGGACCCCUUUCCCUUUUCCUCAGCCUUACAGAGAAACUAACAUAGUUUUAGGUGAAUGGUGGAAUAACGAUGUCGAAGAAGUUGUGAAACAAGGGAACAAGUUGGGGUUGCCACCAAAUACAUCCGAUGCUCACACCAUUAAUGGAAAGCCAGGGCCAUUGUUCCCAUGUUCCGAGAAACAUACAUUUGCAAUGGAGGUUGAACAAGGAAAGACAUAUCUCUUGAGAAUCAUCAAUGCUGCACUCAACGACGAACUUUUCUUUGCUGUCGCAGGCCAUAAUAUGACAGUGGUCGAGAUAGAUGCAGUUUAUACCAAACCAUUUACCACACAAGCAAUUUUAAUUGCACCAGGGCAGACCACAAAUGUCCUUGUUCAAGCUAACCAAGCACCUGGUAGAUAUUUCAUGGCCGCUAGGCCUUUUAUGGAUGCACCAUUGACGGUAGACAAUAAAACCGCAACGGCUAUACUUCAGUACAAAGGCAUUCCCAACACCAUCCUCCCAAUCCUUCCUAAGCUGCCAUUACCCAAUGACACUGCCUUUGCAUUGAGCUACAAUGCCAAACUUAGGAGCCUGAACUCUCCAUUAUACCCUGCAAAUGUGCCUCUUAAAGUUGACAGGCGUCUUUUCUACACUAUCGGGUUAGGAAUUAACCCAUGUCCAACCUGCUUGAACGGAACACGACUCACUGCAUCCUUGAACAACAUUACCUUUGUUAUGCCACAUAUUGGGCUUCUGCAAGCUCAUUAUUUCAACAUCAAGGGAGUAUAUACUGCGGAUUUCCCCGACCGCCCUCCUCAACCGUUCAACUACACCGGUGCACCAUUGACUGCAAAUCUUGCUACCACUUCGGGUACCAGGCUAAGCAAGAUUGCAUUCAACUCAACAGUAGAGUUAGUACUGCAGGAUACCAAUCUUCUAACUGUUGAAUCCCAUCCAUUCCACCUUCAUGGUUACAAUUUCUUCGUUGUUAGGACUGGAAUCGGGAACUUCGAUCCCGCAAAAGAUCCUGCUAAGUUUAACUUGGUUGAUCCUCCAGAAAGGAAUACGGUUGGAGUACCGACAGGCGGUUGGACCGCCAUAAGGUUCCGGGCAGAUAAUCCAGGAGUUUGGUUCAUGCACUGCCAUUUGGAGCUGCAUACAGGGUGGGGUUUGAAGACUGCUUUUGUGGUAGAGAAUGGAAAGGGACCCGAUCAGUCCAUUUUGCCUCCUCCAAAGGACCUUCCUCCUUGUUAAUUGAUUCCUUUUUGAGGCCAAAGUACAAAGGGCAUGGCUAACUCUUUUCGGUCUUACUGUUUUGUUUUUUGUUUUGUUUUUUCUUAUCGACUCUUUCCUGCAACGAGGAGUAAGGCAAAUAAUAAAAUUAUACGAGAUUCUUGGAAUUGUACGUAAUAAAAGUCUUCAUCUUUGUAUGUUACCGAUACGAAAUGCAUUCUUAUAUUUUAAAUCA